GUCGCGAUGGAUCACUUCACCGGAGCGCAACGUGCAUUCUGCAUUAAACAUUAUUACAUUUGUUUCGAUGUGAGUUUGGAUAACAUGACAUAAAUCAGUGUCCGAAGUGUAAUUCGAUCGUGGGUCAGAAAGUUGGAAGCACUGGUUCGACUCUCAAUCAGAAGCCUACAGGACACGCCCAAGAUCAACAAGAACAGAAGACACAAUUGAACAAGUUAGAGCUUCAGUUCAACAUAAUCCUGGUCUUUAGACUCGUAAGCGAUCAGCCGAACUUGUGGUAUCCAGAACAUCUUUGCGUUGCAUUUUGUCGAAAGAUCUGAAAUUACAUCCGUAUAAAAUUCAACAUGUGCAUAAAUUACAGCAAAAUGAUUUAAUAUUCUGUUCUUCUACGAAGCCCAUUUUCACUUAAAUGGGCAUGUCAAUAGACAGAAUUGCCGUUACUAGGCUGCAAAGAACCCACGUGCAAAACAUCAAAAGCCACUGUAUUCGUCGAAAGUAACGGUUUGAGCGGCCAUAUCAGCGCAUGGAAUUAUCGGACCCUAUUUCAAAAUCAAUAGGGGCAAUCUGUCACUGUGAAUUCUGAACUAUACGUAGCCAUGUCAAGGGAUUUUUUUCUUUCCGCAACUGCAACAAUUUGAAGUUUAUAAUCGUACGACAUGGUUUCAACAAAAUGUCAAUAUAUCAUAUCCAAUAUAUUUACCCACGAGUCGCCACUGAUCUACAACCAUGAAAUAAUGGAAAUCAAUUUUUAGGUAAACAAACAAACUACAAAUAGCAAUUCGUCGUGGCAACAACGAUACUUAUGUUUAGGAGACACAACUGAUUGUGAUCGCUAAGUAGAAUUUAGACGAAGUGCCUUUGCAGUAUUAUAUGUUAGCAGAUAUUGCACGAACGAAUGUUACGGAUAUAGUAAAAUGUUAUUCAAAAUCUAGUUAGAACAAAAAUGAAUAUAUUGGAGUUGCAGCAAAUUUUGGAAAUUUGUGUACUCUUUAUUAAACUAAAAAUCCAAGCUUUCUGGAAGUGUUCUUUCCAUCAGCAGGGAAACUACAAUAUAAGUGGAGUGGAGAGUGUGGACUAAGCACGUGAAAUCACCUUUACCUGGUUUGGAGCGAACAAGAGCUCUAGGGGAAAGGUAGGUUGGGGGACGCCCCUAGUACCCUUAUCGGUCGAUCACAAGAUCGGUUGACCAGUGGACGUUUACCUUUAUGAGGAUAAGUCUAAAAACAUGAAUUUGAUGAGUAGAACAGCUAAAUUAUUUCAAAAGAAAAGCCUAAGAUACCCCCAAAAAAGGACAAAACACGACCACACAGGAAGGCACGUACCUUUAACGCAAUUAUCAAAAGAUGAACGUGACUUGCAGGAAAAUGUUGCGAAAUUUGCUAGAACUAGCAUAGCGCCAUAUGUAAGAGAAAUGGAAAAAGAUGGUGAAAUCAAACAAUCUGUUAUAGAUGCUUGUUUUAAAAAUGGAUUGUUCGGACUAGGAAUUGAUGAAAAAUAUGGUGGAAUAGGAUCAGACUUCAUGAGAAGUAUAAUUGCGAUAGAACAAAUAGCAAAAGUAGAUCCUGCAGUUUCUGUACCAAUUGACAUUCAAAUUACUUUAGUCAAUACUAUAUUAAUGAAAUUAGGUACUGAAGAACAGAAACGGAUGUAUUUACCACGUUUAGCAAACGAUACCAUAGGUGCUUUUGCACUAUCAGAACCCACAUCUGGUUCUGAUGCUUUUGCCAUGAAAACAUUGGCCAAGAAAGAUGGUUCAGAUUAUAUUUUAAAUGGAACAAAAAUGUGGAUUUCGAGCGCUGGUAUAGCUGGACUCUUUAUUGUUAUGGCUAAUGCUGAUCCAUCUAAAGGAUACAAGGGAAUCACUUGUUUUAUUGUUGAGAGAGAUAGCCCUGGUUUGACUGUCGGAAAGCCCGAAAUCAAGUUGGGUAUUUGUGCUUCUGGUACUCAUCCAGUCCAUUUUGACAAUGUCCGAGUCCCUGAAAUAUCAAUAUUGGGAGAAGUAGGUCAAGGCUACAAAAUAGUCGCUGGUUCGUUAAAUGAGGGAAGAAUAGGCAUUGCAGCACAGCAAUUGGGCAUAGCUCAAGGUUGUUUAGAUGCUACCGUCCCUUAUACAUUAGAAAGAAUCCAAUUCAAACAACCUAUUUUUAAUUUUCAAGGUUUACAAUACCAGAUAGCAAAAAUAGCAACUCAUAUUGAAUGUGCAAGACUGUUAACUUACAAUGCUGCUAGGCUAGUGGAAUCAAAAACAGAUUUUUUGAAGCAAGCUUCAAUGGCUAAAUAUUAUUCAGCAGAGGUUGCCCAGCACACAUGUACUAAGUGCAUCGAUUGGUUGGGAGGUGUUGGAUUUACAAAAGCAUUUAUACAAGAAAAAAUGUAUAGAGAUUGUAAGAUUGGAAGUAUAUAUGAAGGUACUUACAAUAUACAGAUGAAUACUAUAGCGAAAUGUAUAGAGAAAGAAUAUAAAAAUAUGUAAUAAAUAAUUUUCAAAAACA